AUGUUAAAAUUAACGACACAUAGAUCCCCCCUGUUUGCUAAGCUUGUCAAGCAUACCAAUUUCCGUAAUUCUGUAUCUCGUUUCCACCUCCAAAGAUACGCUUCCACAGAAAUUUUGGAAAAUAAGGAGCUAUUGUCUUCAGAAGCAUUUGUAAACGGUGAGUGGAUUUUACCACAAAAAAAACAAGAAGAAGGUGAUCAGUAUACCCAGUUUGGUGUAUCCAAUCCUUCUAACGGGGAAAAUUUGAUCAACGUUAGCAAUUAUGGUAUCAGUGAUUUUAAUUCAGCUAUAUCCAUUGCCCACGAAACUUUUAAGGAGACAAGGUUUUCGUUGACCCAAAGGCAAAGAUCAGAUAUGUUGUACAGAAUUUAUGAGUUAAUGCAAGAAAAUAGAGUUGACUUGGCCCGCUUAAUAACUUUGGAAAAUGGUAAACCAUUAAAGGAUGCUUUGGGUGAAAUUAAUUAUUCGGCUAGUUAUUUCAAGUGGUUUGCUGAGGAGGCGCCCAGGUUAUAUGGGAACAUUAUACCAAGCAGUACCUCCACAAGCAAAACUAUUUAUUCAGUAAGACAACCACUAGGUGUGGUUGGUAUUUUAACACCAUGGAAUUUUCCAUCAGCCAUGAUUGCGCGCAAAUUGGCUCCUGUCAUUGCUACAGGCAACACUACAGUUAUUAAGCCGGCUGCAGAAACACCAUUAAGUGCAUUGGUGUAUGGGCUUCUAUGUAAUAAAGCGGGGGUUCCUAAAGGUAUGGUUAAUAUUUUACCUACCACAUAUACGGCUCAAAUUGGGGAACUGAUAUGCAGCCACGAAUUGAUUAAAAAGGUGACUUUUACUGGAUCUACCAAAAUUGGAAAGUUGUUAAUGGAACAAUCUAGCAGAGAGUCACCAUCCAUUAAAAAGUUUUCUAUGGAAUUAGGGGGGAACGCGCCUUUUAUAGUUUUUAAUGAUGCCGAUAUCGAAAAAGCAUUAGAUGGGGUUAUUGCGUGUAAAUUUAGACAGUCUGGACAAACAUGUAUUUGUGCAAAUAGAAUAUUUGUUCAAGAAGAAAUCUAUGAUGAAUUUGCCAAAAAAUUGGUGGAUCGCGUUUCUAAAUUCAAAUUGGGCGAUGGUUUUGAAUCAACAGUUACACAUGGCCCCUUAAUUCAUUCCAAAGCAGUGGAAAAGGUUUCCUCGCUGGUACAAGAUGCUAAAGUUAAAGGAGCCACUGUUUUGAUAGGCGGUGUCAGAGCUAGUACUAUUGGACCGUUAUUCUAUCAUCCAACAGUUAUUACAGAUGUUAAUGAAUCGAUGCACCUUUUUAACGAAGAAAUAUUUGGUCCUGUCGCCCCAUUGAUCAAGUUUAAAACAGUGGACGAGGUUAUUGAACGUGCUAAUAGUGUGGAUGUUGGAUUAGCUGGCUAUGCUUACUCCACUAAUUUGAAAACUAUUCACGCUAUUUCUCAAAGAUUAGAAACAGGUAUGAUUGGUAUUAAUAAUAGUUCCAUUAGUGAUUGUGCCUUACCAUUUGGAGGAGUUAAAAAUUCUGGUUUGGGAAGAGAGGGAUCUUUAUAUGGUAUUAAUGAUUAUACUGAAGUUAAAUCAGUGGUUUUGGAUGUGUAA